UUGUUAACUGUUUCCCGUUAAUUUCGUUUACUACUGCAAAAAGCAAAAACGUUAAAGGCAUAAUGAUAAGUAUCCUAGUUGCGUUCGCUGUAAUUGUGCUGUCCUGCUUAUACUGGUAUCGAAGAGAUAGUCGUUUGCCACCUGGUCCAAAAGGAGUUCCUUUGCUUGGAGUUAUACCGUUUCUUAGAGGUCAUUCGGCAAAAAGGUUUCGCGAGUGGAGCAAAGAGUAUGGAAAUGUAUUUUCUGCAAGAGUCGGACCUUCUGAUUACCUGGUUUUAACCGAUUAUGACGUUAUCCACGAGGUUCUCAUAAAACAAGGAAACAAAGUUGAAAACAGGCCACCUCUGCCUAUACUUGACGCUUGUUCCAAGGGCCAUGGAAUAUUGUUUGCCAAACCAAGAGUUUGGACAGUGCAUCGACCAUUUGUUGUGAAUACUUUAAGAAAGCUUGGAAUGGGAAAAAAGCUUUUAGAGAGCAGAGUUCUUGAUGAAUCGUCUAAUAUGAUUGCAGAACUGAAAAAGCAAGGCGGAAAUCCGUACGAUCCAAAGGAUAUGUUUCUUUUGAUGGCAGUCAAUGUUGCCGCAUUAUUUUGUAUGGGACAGAGGUUUGCCUUUGAUGACGAAGAUUUCAAAAAACUCGUUCAACAUUUAGUGAGGGGGUGGCAAGACGAUGGUGACUUCGUAAUUUUGUUGGGAUAUUGUGCAUAUCUGAGACAUAUUCCACCUUUUCGUAAAGUUGUUAAAAAUUUCGUCUCCGAUUUUGACUACGUUCAAGACACCAUCAAAAAGUACAUUCACGAACACGAACUAACCUACGAUAAAAACGACAUCCGGGACUUCAUUGACGCUUUUAUCGAAGAAACGAAAAAAGAGAGACACGACAGAACUUUUACAGAAGAACAACUUAUCGUGACUGUUCGUGAUCUACUAGAUGCAGGAGCGCAAACCACUUCUUGUACGCUGGUUUGGAUAUUAGUUGGUCUCGUUUCACAUCCAGACUGGCAAGACAAAAUCAGAGAAGAAAUUAAAGAAGUUGUUGGAGAACACGGCGCUGUGACGAUGGGCCACCGUGAAAAAAUGCCGAAGACUGUUGCCUUCCUGUACGAAGUUAUGAGGAAAGCAAUUAUGGCUGCCCAGUCACACGUGUGCACCACUGAUGAAAUUACGGUGAAAGGAUACAAGAUACCAAAGCAUACCCCGGUGUUUGCUGCGAUGUGGGUCGUUCACAACAAUCCGAAAUAUUUUGACAAUCCUGAGGAGUUCCGUCCGGAACGAUUCAUUAAUCCGGUUGACGGUUCUUUCAUGAAGUCAAAAUACUGUAAUCCAUUUUCUAUUGGAAAGCGAGGAUGUGCAGGCGAGCAAUUAGCACAAAUGGAGUUAUUCAUUUUCAUCACCCACAUUGUGCAGAAUUUCAACUUGUCAGCAGAUGACAAAACAACAAUACCAUCGUUUGAUGACGGAACAUAUGGCAUCGUUUACGUUCCGCCACGUUUCAAGAUCAAAUUUGAAGAAAUAUAGUUGUUGAAAUAUCUAUCCGAUUUAGUCAAACAGAAGACUAAAUGUAUAUAUAUUAUGUUUUGAUGUUUUAUAUCAUAUGCAGAGAAUGUUGCAUUAUUAUUGUAAGUUGAGGAUUAUAUUCGACUUCAAAAUUCCUGCUUGAACUGGGACAUCAGUAAAAACAAUCAACAAGUUAAAGCAUUUUCUCACGCGUUCUGUCGUAA